UCGUUCAUUUAGCCGAUCAAUUAAUAGAAAUUCCAAAACACUUGAACCCACUCACCCUCCCGUCUCACAGUGCGCAUGCUCAACUUUUCUCCCCAGAGUUUCGGCCUGUUCCGCCACCACUCGGUGAUUUUCGUCUCUUUGUUACACUGAUAGUGGAUUUAACUCGGAUUCAACCCAAACAUCCAGCGGACUGUGCGGCUCUCAAACAGGCUUUGAUGAGAGGCACUCCAUGAUGAGCAGCUAACGCUGUCGGCCGCACACUCGCAGGAAGAGACGUGGCUGCUGCUCCACCCACAGUCGACGCAUGGCGGUAUUAGGGAACCCCGACAUGCUGACGAGGAAGAUAAAGCUGUGUCACAUCAACGCCCACAUCACAUGUCGCCUGUGUGAGGGCUACCUGAUCGACGCCACCACCGUCACCGAGUGCUUACACACCUUCUGCAGAAGCUGCCUUGUAAAGUAUCUGGAGGAGAACAACACGUGCCCCACGUGUAGGAUUGUUAUUCAUCAGAGCCAUCCACUGCAGUACAUCGGCCAUGACCGAACAAUGCAAGACAUCGUCUACAAGCUGGUACCGGGACUUCAAGAGGCGGAGAUAAAGAAGCAGAGGGAUUUCUAUCAGAAGUUGGGCAUGGAGGUGCCUGGGGACAUUAAAGGAGAGCUGUGCAACAUGAAGACUCAUCUAGAUCAGCGAAACGGCGACACAAAAUCAGAAGAGACGGCGAAUAAGGAGGCCGGAGAGGAGAAGCCAGAGGAGGACAACGACUAUCACCGUAGUGACGAGCAGGUCAGCAUCUGCCUUGAGUGCAACAGCAGCAAACUUCGAGGUCUGAAACGUAAAUGGAUCCGCUGCUCAGCACAAGCCACCGUCCUCCACCUCAAAAAGUUCAUCGCCAAAAAGCUUAACCUGACAUCGUUUAACGAGCUGGACAUUUUAUGCAACGAGGAAAUCCUGGGAAAGGACCACACUUUGAAAUUUGUUGUUGUGACAAGAUGGAGAUUUAAGAAAUCUCCACUCCUGCUCCAUUACAGACCGAAGAUGGACCUGCUGUAGCUACAACGGACACAAUGGUUGUUUUAUUUGGAUCCUUUUGGUCGGCUCCUUCGCCGCAGUGAAACUUUCUUCUUUUUAUUUUGAUUUUUUUUUUAUUAUUAUUUAUGCAAAGACGAUCAAUCAACACCAAGCAAACACCUGACGUCAACAAAAGCCAGCAAUUCGACAUCUAAUGAGACAAAAACUGGCACAGAACCUGCAACACCGGCGCGAUUUUACAAACUAAAACAACCUUUUUCUUCGUCUGCUACAUCCUACAUAUGUGAACAAAAAGAGAAAAAUGGAAAAAAAAGGAGAGAAAAGCAUAUAUUUAUACUUUUGUACAGAAAAGACAUGAACCAAGACACUACUGGUGCUCUGUUUACACACAAACAAGAUGUCGGGAGUCAUCUGAACAUGUUUUUGAGCUUCAUCCUCCUCAGACGAUGACUGACGGGAGAGGAAGGUCUUUUUUUUAUAUAUAAAUAAGAAUAUACAUAAAAAGGCGUCUUUUCACAACACAACAUGUUCUGGGAGCACAGAAAGUUUAUGGAAAAGUUAUAUAACAUCCAUUAAUUUUAGGCUGAUAAAUCAAUUUCCUCUGAAUUGUUUUUUUAUUAUUUUAUUUCCAUUAUGUCUGAUUUGGAUUCCUGAUGAUUGUCAAUUGUGAAUAGGCUUUUUUUUUGUGUGUAGUAAUUUAUGUUCGAUAUGCUGAUAUUGUACAUAAAAUGUCAUUACAGAGAGAUUGAAGAGAGACUUUAGACUGUUAAAUAGAAAAGAGAGUGGAUCCCUGAAGUGCUAUCUAUAUGGUGAUAAAGACAGACUUGCUAUCAGUAUCAGAUUAUAUGAAAGCAUCUUUAUGUUGUCUGACAAGGACACAAAACAGCUUAUAUCAAAUCUGCAACCAUUUAUGUGUUUGUGGGGUCUGAAUAUGUGAAUUGACUUUAAGGAGGAAAACUGUCCCCAGCUUCAAGCUCAUGUAGAGAAAAAGGCGUUUAAGAUGUCGUGGUUUAGGCAGAUUGAAGCCAUUUAAAUGUAGUUUUCCUCACACUAAGCAGUCUUUAACAUCCGUCCUCGUGUUCCUGCACUUUUUUUAGCAGCAGAAAUUUACAGAGGGGGAUUAGGGCCACUGAAUUAAAAAAAUUAAUAAUUCUGAUUUAUGAUCUUAGAAGAUUGAAGUCAGAAAUCCGAAGGAAAAAACAAAACUGGAAUCUGACGAAAGUCAGAAUUCUGAGAAAGAAGCCAGGAUUAUGAGAUUAAAGUCCAAAACAUGCUAAAAGAAAAAUCAGAGAAAAAUCAAAACAAUCUAAAAGCUAGGAAGAAAGUCAAAGAUCCCAGAUGUUUGACUUUUUACACAGAUAGAUAAAAAUAAUAAAAGAUAGAUAUUUAUAUCUAAGUAACUUUAGACUAAAGUCAGAAAUAUGAUAAGAAAAUGUCAGAAGUCUCAUGUUAAAAUAAAAAUUAUGAGAUCAAAGUCAGAAUUCUAAUUUAAAAAUCUCAAUUCUGAGAUAAAAGUUGAAAUUCUGAGAUUAAAGUUAAAAAUCUGAGAUUAAAGAUGGGAUUUUGAAGAAAAAAAAGACAAAAUUUUGAGGAGUUUUGACAGUUUUGACCUUAAAUUCAGAAUUCUGUGGAAAAGUCAGAAUUAUUUUUAAUUUUUUUCAGUGUACCUAACCCUCUUCUGUAGAAACUUAAUUUCUAAGGGUUUUUAUAAUCUGGACUCAUCAGCUCCACUUGCAGCUUUUUGGUGUUUAAAUGUGGACAAAUUUGGGAAAAAGGCAUUUAAAAUAAGAAACACUUCAGAAUGGUCGUCUCGCUGUCGCAUCUUUUAUUCUCACUCCCAGCUGGAGAAGCUGCACAGUCUUCUGAUUCAUUCCUGAAAAAUUUAUUUGACAUUUCAGUUUUUGUUUCUGCCACAAGUAUUGGGAUUUAAAAAAAAAUUUUUUUUUGCAGGACAGCCAGCAUUCAAGAACACAAAUUCAGGUUUUAACAGGGGCUGAGGCAUUACUUAGAGCAUUUUAAUAUUGAAAUUGAGAAUAAAAUGACCACAGCUGGGUCGUUUGGUGCUUUUUAAAUGUGCGUUUGUAAUAUUAAGGAGAUUUAUUCUGUAACCACAUUCUGUUCUUAACUGUGUGAUGCAGCAAAUCUUCUAAAGUUCUUCUCUUAAAUCCCCAGAUCUUAGAAAAGUUUCUUGCUUUUCUGUUUUUCCCAAGCAAAUGCAGAACCGUCACCUUUUCACAUGUGAAAUGUUUUAUUUAGAUGCUUCUUCAUGAUGGGGAAUAACUGAAAUGUUAUUUAAAAUCAUUCAAGAAGUUAAACUGAUAUUUGUUUUUAAGGAUUACAACUUACACAAUAUUUUCACUUUCUGAAAGUGAAAAUUUAUUCACUCAUUCAUGUAAAAAUACAUGAAUGAAUGUAUUUUUAUCAUUUCAACAAUAAUACCAUUUACUGACAUGCACUGUGUCUCCAUGGCAACAAAUCCAGACAAACGCAGCUGACACAUCUGCACCAUUAAAGCACUCACAGCAUGGCUGCUCAUUGUUUUUGGUUUCUGUGAAGCCAUUUUAUUAGAAAUGCAUCAAUUUACUUUUAUUAUUAUAGUCAUUAAAAUAUGUUGUAAAACAAUAUUUAGGAGAUUUGACCGUGAAAAAAUAAGGAACUACAGCCUUUUGUGCAUCAUCUUCUGCCACACUUUUUCCUUCCACUUCACUUUCCAUUAACAUCCGUCCAGAUGCAUCUCAAUAAAUAAGUCUAUCUAUGUAACUUUAGACUAAUUACAUCUGUACUGAUGUUUUCAAGCCUUUAUUUCUGUUAAUUAUGAUCUUUUUUUAAUUUACCACUCAUGAAAACUCAUUUAAUUUCUUAAGCUUCUCUAGCAAUAACUUUCUGUGGCAUUUCUUUUUAAACCUGUUCUCAUUUUUACUAAACACAGAAUAUAACAUCAGAGAACAAUCUAUCAUUUUAUUUGCCAUAAAAAAAGUGAAUUUUGAUGCAUUUUUAUGAACAGAAUUUUUUUUUCAUUGCACAAUUUGUGGCUGCUUUACUAACUACAAAACAUAAUCAAGAAAAACUAGGACCUAAACAUCAAAUAAUUACCAUAAAUAAACAAAAAUGUACAAAAUUAUGUUCACGGUAAAAAUUCAGUAUUUAAAAGUUCUUUAUUUGCCGUUUUUCACUUUUUGGCAAAUUUGAUUAAAAUUAAAAACAGCGACAAACUUUAUAUUUUAUGGGAUUUUUUGUGGGAAACUCGGUUAUGAAAUUAAGUUUCAAAUACUUUUAAUAGACUUGGAGGAAUAUUUUCAAUCAGAAAAAGUUAUUCUUGAAAUGGCUUUUAAACCAAAAACAAUGAGCUAACAGGACUAUUUUUCUUUUUCUUGGUAAAACACUUAAAUUGACAUUUUCUGUACUUCCAAAUCUCUUUUUAAAGGUGUUUUUUUCUUCCCUACUUCAAUAGAAACUCUAAGUUUGCAUCACAGCUGCUUUAUUUACACAUUCAUUUUGUUAAACGGUAAAACUGUUCAGUUCGUCGACUCUGGGCUUUUAAAUAUCUGUUUUGUGUAUUCCAGCUUCUCCUCAUCUUUGUUGGUUUCUGCUGAACUUUUUCUGUUUUCCUUGAGGUACAUCAGCUCUUCUUCAGGUGAAGAAGCUGUAAAACAUCCAACAUGGUGCUGCUGUGACUAGAAAACAAGGAAAAUCCGCAAGAACACAAAAUAUUAUAAACUAGUUUUUAAUAGUUUCUAGUGCAAAUAUCUUGGCUCACUUGAAUUAAGACAAAAUUAGCCUACAGGUAAUUAUACCAAGAUAUAAGAGCUUGUUUCAGGUCAAUAAUGACUAAAUAUUGAUGAAAACGUUAUGUUUCCACUGACAAAUUAUUUCACCUGUAACAAGACCUUUUCCCAUGUUUCAAGUGAAAUAAACUUCCAGUGCGACUAUUAUUAUUAUUUUAAUUUACUUAAAUCAAGCUCAUAGUUUUAGUUUCCAAAUUUCAAGUGUACUAAGAUAUUUGUACGGCAGCGUUUUAAACCUGUAAAAGAUAGAAAAAUAGAGGAAUAAAUUUCCACCCAAAAAUUCAGAAAUUUUUAGAUUAAUUUAAGAAGUUUUCUAGAAAAAACGAAAAUUCCAAAUUUUUUCUAGAACUUCUGAUAUUAAUCUUAAAAUGUUAGUUUUUUGGCAGAAAGUUUUUCUCUCUUUCUCUCUCUUUUUUUUAUCUACAGUUGCUCUUGGACACCAUCAUAUAUUUGCACUAGAAACUAGACCAAAACUACUUGGGUCAGUUUUGUGUUUAUGCCGUGAGAAUGAACCACAAAUGCCUCACUUGCCCGUUUAUUCCUGCUGUUUCUGCUGUAAUUGAGGGAACUCAGUUUGAGAAGUUAACGGUUGUCAGGUGGUAUAAUUUUUCAAUGUGGUGCAUCUGAAAUAUUUAAGAUUAAACAGCUUUAGGUUGUGCAGUGGAUUGAAAAAUAAUUUGUGGACAAAUACUAACACAGUUUUUUUGUUCAAUGGUGAUGGAAAAGGUGGAGUUUUCCCUCACAGUGACGGUCAGACUUCAUCACUGGUGCUUUCUAUGGUGCUAACAUUCCCUCAUCUCCAAGUUUUCCUGCACAAAUCCAGUCCGCGACGAAAAGGCGCUGUGCGAAACGUCACCUAUUGGUUUUUGUUUCUGGUGUCGUUUCUCGUCGGUUCUGCCUCUCUGUGCAGAUAAAGGUGCUGUUCCCCUCCCUCGUUCCUCCGUAUUGAUUUGUCUGCUUUACCCAGCUGCUGCGAUUGAAAGCCAAGGGGAUUUUAAACAAGUUGAGGCCCGAUGAGGCGGAUUCUGUGAGAACUAAAAGUAAAGUGGUGAGAAAUUAGAUGUGCUGGCACCAAUUUCAUGGCUCAAAUAGAAAUCACACUUUUUAUGGGAUUCUUUGGUGAGAUGUUUGCACCAGUCAGAUUGAGACUUGCUUGGUUUCAAAUCAGCUGGUUCGGUUUUAACAUCCCAGACUUUCUGCGGCGCUCUGGGGGAAAUCUGAAUUAUUAUUUUUUUUUAAUGGAUUCUGCUGAUAAGGUUUUCACUCCCAGCUGACUGGAACAGAUCGAUGUUUAGCUCUUUAUUGGGACCAACAUUAAGACAUGCUGCUUGUCAGAGGUUCAUGGUAGAGCUAGCUCAGCUGCAGAUAAACAUUUUAAUAAAAGGUCUUCUAUAAGGUUAUUCUGCUGUCUCUCUUGCAUUAAACAAUAUUUCCUCAAUGAUUCUGGCUGCAGACUGAACUUUUAAACAGACUCUGCUGUGAAAUAAGUCUCCACUUUGAAAGUGUGGAAGGUUUUGUUUAGCUGUUACUGAGAAAAUGCAAAAAUCAGUUUUCAAACUAUGAUUUAUUAUUUUAAAAAUCCUAUCUAAAGCUGACUGACUCACCAUAAACCUUUAGUUUCCUCAUUACCAGAAAGCAUUGCAGAGCUUACAUUUCAUAAAUCAUUUUAUUUAGCCAUAUUGCCAGAUUUCAGUUAUUUUGAAGUCCACACUUUGACUAGGACUCUCCAACACCCCUCCACCCCCUUUUUUUUAGUCAUUACUAUUUUUUAUGUACAUUUUUGUUACUGUUGUUUUAUCAGACACUCGGAUCUGGACUUUCUGGUGUGAUUGCCAGGAAUGUUCCUCUACUACACUGCAAAAAAGAAACAAAAAUGGUUUUAUGUCUAAGUACACUUAAAAUUACACAAAAUUAACUUACAAAUAACUUUUCAGCAAGAUACAUGAGCUUGUUUUAGGUCAAUAAUUCAUUAAUAUUUAUUUUAAAAAAGACAGAAUAUUAGGACUAUCAUAAGAAUAAAUAAAAAAAUAAAAUUACAAGGGUGAAGUUGAAAUAAUGAGAAUAAAGUCGUAAUAUUUUAAGAGCAGUUUAAUAUUUCAAGAAUAAAUUUAUGGAAAUAAACUUGCAAUACUAUGACUUUAUUCUUGCAUUAUUUUUGAAUUCUUGUAGUUUUAGUACCUUUUUCUUAUUACUUUGGCUUUAUUGUUGUAAUCUUAAAACUUUAUUAUUGAAAUAUUACAAUUUAAUUCUGGUUAUGUUUUUUCUUUGUGCGGUCCUAAUACUUUAUGAUAGUUUGAUUUUUCUACUCAAUAAAGGAAAUCAUAAUUUGAAAACUGCAUUUUGUAUACAUUUUUUUGUCAGAUAUUAAAACUGGCUUGAUUUUCUGAAACAUUUAAGUCAAAAUCAAAAUAAAUCUUUGAGAUUUGUUAUUUUCACAUCGCUACAAAUUAUUGCUAUAAAUUCUUGAUCAAAGGUGAACUUGUUGUUUUUAAAUUAAACAAAAUUUCUUCCAGAUCUGUGGAGAUUUUCUCUAAAUUUGAUCACUUUUAAAAUGUUUCUAUCUCUGCUGAAGGAGAAAUUUUUAACUUGCCAUGUUUUGUCUGUUUCUUUGCGACUGAGUUUUCCUGUAGUGUUUUAAUGUUAACAAAAUUUUCCCUUUGUGAGCGCAGAAAAAGAACAUGUGGUUUAUUCUAUUUGCAAACAAAGUGUGCAAUAUACCUUUUCCAGACUGUUUCAGCCCCAUUGUCUGUUUUUUGUUUAGUUUUUUUGCAGCCAGCUCCUCAGGUCUCUAAAUGCCUUCUGGUUCCUCACGUUGAUCAGGAAAUCUCACACUAAUCCACCCAAAACACAGAGAUAGAUUUGGACUGGAUUUUAUUUCACUUUCGUUUCCUUUUCCUCCUGCAGGUUAACUCAGGCACUUAUUUGGUGUCCUUGUCCUUGUAUUAUUUAUUGCACAUUUUAUGAUCUGGUUUACACUUAAACACAAGAUGUAUCGUGGUUUAGGAUUGGGCUGGAAUUUCUUACAUACAAACCUACAGAAGCUUUUGUCAAACCAUAAACGUGUAUUUCAUCAAUAAAUGCCUUUUAAAAGUA